AUGGACAUCCUGGUGUUUUUGAACAUCCAUCCGUUUACGCUCGUUCCGGCGCUUCAGUCGCCCCCGCAGCCCCUUCAAUCCGGCCCAGUCACCGUGCCAACCGACGAUCCAGACUUUCCAGCCAACCCAUCCAGCCCCGAUGGACACUCAUUCACCGAGGCAGAUGCAGACGCAGACGCAGACGUUUCCGGCAGCCUGUGCGAUCUCCGUUGCACCGAACCGACACCGCUUGUUCCCAGGCGGCUCUUUACCGGAACGGCUUCAUUCUCCACCGCAACCCGAGAGGAGAUGCGUUUUGGACCCAAGCUGUUGCGAGACCUCCAGGUUUCUGCUUUUGCAGGCUGCUGGAACGGUGACCACACGGUGCUGUUUCACUUCCAGGUGGCUCCUCUGGCGAUUGUGGCCGUCGAUCUGGCUAGCAUUGAAAGAGUUGUGAUCCCGCAUCCCGACGAUCCGCACCCUUCGCUGCAGUGGAUCUUUGGCCACGUUGUUCUCGAGUUUCGGCCGCAAUCUGCAGCAGCCCUUUCGACCCGCAGCCAAGCCUCGACCUUGAACAGAUUCACCCAUCAAGUGUUUGUGUGGAUCGACGAAGGGAGAACGUCAAAGGCGCCUCUGCCUAAGACUCAAAUGAUCCGGCAUCGGCUCUUUCGGACCACAAGCUCAUCCAGCCCCCAGGAACCGCACGAUAUACCGACCCGAGACGAAGCAGGCCAGGUCGACGCAUUUGAACGUUUUGGCAGAGCUCUCCGGGACACUGACUGGAAAUCUUCGGCCUCAAUCGAUCGACUGGCGAGCCGAAUCGAUCCUCUCACGAUCCGAUUCCGCGAGCAAGACCAGGACGCUCGUGCCAAGAAAAAAUUGCUACUCCGGUCCCGCAUGGACGAGUUCCUCAAGAGCUGGAAGCCACCGUCAGGAGCAACAUUGGCCAACCCAAGCCCGACAGACCUCGCUCAGUCACUCGACGGCCUGCUCUCUGAGAUGAACAGGCUCUACGACGAUGAAGUUACGGCAGCCCUUGAUCGGAUAUAG